CAAUGAAUGAAAUCAGAAUCGUUUUCUGUGAUGAAUACGAUAUAUAACUAGAACUACAUUGUCGUUAUAACGCGGACCACUAGUUUACAUGUCGGCAGUUGUUCGGCUAUGUCAACAACCAGCAGGCUCCAGCAUGGUGUGAAAUGAGUGUUAUAGAAUGAUAUGGAAUCUUCAGCUAAUAUCAUGCUGGUGAAGUUGGGUUAUAUGCGUUUUACAAGGCUUAAGAAUGGAUAUUAAAUCAGUGUCAAAAUCAACGCAGAAGAAGUUAUCUGCGUACAAUGAAAAAAUGCAGAAGAAAAACGUGAAUCCGGCUACCGCUAACCCAAAAAAGAAAAAGAAAAAUAGUAAGAAAAACUUAAAGGCAGACCAGAAGGAUAACGAACAAAAUGUUGAUGGUGAAAAUCAAAUGUUUGGAAUUGAAGGAGUUGGAGUAUUGGAUAACACAGCUGGAGAUUCCAAGAGGGCUUCCCCCGAUACCAAGUAUGCCACUAUCCAGGAGAGUGGCGAGAGUGUACGGGACGAGGGGAGCCUCAGGGGUGAGGGUGAAGACUCGCCGAGGGAGGAUGUCAGCGAGGUGAUGGACGGUGCUAAUACAUUACCUCAGAUAGUGAAACCUCCCCAACCAACUCCAUCUCCAAGCGAUCCAACCAACACACAACAAAAGUCUGCCAGGCCACAGAAAGCUUCGGCCAAACUGACCAACCGUAUACCUCAGGGUGGCGUCAGGGGGCAAAGAACUGGCAACAAGCCUCAAAUGCCCAAAAGUGCAAGUGUCACUACUCUAAGUAAACGCGUCACAGAGAGUCUACGCUGGGAUCAGGUUUUAGAAAAUGAAGAAGAAGAGGAAGAAAGGAUACGUAUCUACAAAAUGAAUCGCCGCAAACGUUAUUUGGCUGCAGCUCAGGCCAAAGGUCUUGGUUGGGCCGCUAAUUAUAGAAACAAUGGUUCACCCAUGUCUGAGGAUUCUGGGAUAGACACUAAAGAUCGGGAGUGGAAUAACAGUUCAUCAACUUCCGAUACUCACUCUGCCAAAUCUAAUCGUUCUGCACGAUCAAACAAGUCGCGCGGCAGUUCCUCCGAUACGCGCCACACUGUUACAGACUUUGGUACACUGAAGGGCCUUGGUCCGAGUCAGUAUGUUGGGAUGGCCAGUUCGACACUUGUCGAUUGCUAGCCCAGAUUAUCAUGCCAAAUUAACCUCUAUUGCAAAAGAACCUUUUAACAAAUUGUUAGCCAAGCGUAAGCCAAAUGAGAUAUGCAUUUAUAGCUAAAAUGUUCAUGGAAGUUAGAUUUUUAGUGCAUCCUUCUGGAUUUUACUAGUCCAUGGUAGCCUAGGUUAGGCUUUACCCCUACAGGAGCCAUCCCUGCAGGUUGAUAGUCAUUACAUAGCUAUAGCUAUAGCCUAGCAAGGUAGAAAUUUGUACCUCUACAGGUUGGUAGGCUGAAAAGCCUAGGUUAAAAUGUUUACUCCUGCAGAUUGGCAGUUAUAUAAACAUGUAGCUUAGUUUGAACAUUUUACGCCUGCAGGUUGGUAGAAGACUAGAUCGAAAGAUUUUACCCCUAGAGGUAAAUGAGUGUAUAUAGCCUUGGUUGAAAUUUGUUCUGUUGCAGGAUUAUUAGAUGUGAAUAUAGCCAAGGUUGAUAGUAAUAUAUGUCCUAGGUUUAUAACUGUAUCCCUGCAGGUAAGUUAUAUAUAGCCAAGGUUGAACAUUUUACUCCCAGGUUGAAAGCUAUAUAUAGCCAAAGUGAAAAUUGUAUUCCUGCAAGUUGGCAGUUUUAUAGCCUAGGUUGAAAAGUUUACACCUGCAGGUUGAUAGAUAAAAAGCCUAGCUAGGUUGGUACUCCUGCAUGUUGAUAGAUAAAAAGCCAAGCUAGGUUGGUACUCCUGCAGGUUGAUAGAUAAAAAACCUAGCUAGGUUUGUACUCCUGCAGGUUGAUAGAUAAAAAACCUAGCUAGGUUGGUACUCCUGCAGGUUGAUAGAUAAAAAGCCUAGCUAGGUUGGUACUCCUGCAGGUUGAUAGAUAAAAAGUCAAGCUAGGUUGGUACUCCUGCAGGUUAGUAAUUGUGUAGUAUAUUAUAGCUAGGCAAUGUUUUAUAAUUUACACAUCUUCGUAUAAGCAUGCCAUGUAUAUAUUUGAUACUUGUAUAUGGAAUUUGAUAACGGAUGCAUGACAGAAUUAUUUGUGAAAAUGUUAAGUCUAUAAGACUUUUGUUGUGUUAAAAUCACUUAUACUUCACCAUUGUUUUAGUUGUCAGUUUUUACUUCAUGCCUGAGUUGAUACUUUGAGUAAAGGUUGUACAUGUAUGUAUUUCACAGAUGAAUUCUUUUACCGUAUUUGACCCCAAAUAAGCCCCCACCCCUAGUGAAAAAGCUUAGACCAAAAUUAGGGAGGGCGCUUAAUUGCAGGCACCAACCCUGCUCCCAGGACAUUUGCCAAAAAUGGGGAGUGGGCUUAUUUGCGUGAGGGGGCUUAUUUGCGGUCAAAUACAGUAAGUCUGAACAUUUUUGGUUGAUGUGUAAAUUAUCUAAUUAACUGGACUAUUAUAAGAAUAAUAGUGGAAGUUCAUUUCCUACAUAAGGUUUUUGGAGAGCAAUUCUCUCCUUUAUCAUAACAAUUUUCCAUGUAAGUGAAAGUCACCAUGUUACACAUUGAAAACUUUUUUAUUAAUGAAAAUUUCAAAAUUUUCGAAAAAGGUUUUUAGCACUAUGAAUUGAAAUUGCUGUUUUUUAAAACAUAUGAUGAUUUAUGUAUUUAUAUUGCAAAAUGUUUAAAACAUUUUUGAUGUUUGGAAUCCUUAAAAUUAUACUUCAUCACAUAUUAAUUAUAAACUUGUGUUAAGUCAGUUUUGGAUCUAAGGUGAAUGUGUACGUGUAAUUUUCUACAACAUUGUUACUUUUUUGUAUGGCUGGAAGUUAAAAAAUCUGUAUGAAUCAUUAAUUUAUUCUUUACUGGUACAUGUAUUUACUAUUUAUUUAUAAUUGUUUAAAAAACCUUAUUAAGUCAGAUAUCUGUGAUGUGAAUGUUAAAGUCAACUUUUUUUUGUGAAUAUUUGUUAUUUUCUUGUAAAUUGAGAUUUUGUAUCAAAUUUGAAUAUAAAUAAUUUUCCCACAGGUUUUUAGGAAUAUUUGCAGAAACAGAAUUUUGAAUGUUAAACUUGUACUUUUCUGUGGUGCUUUAAGUUAAAACUAAAAGUUAAAUUAUUUCCUUGCAAAAUAUUCUUGUUUUAAAAAGCAUAUGGAUUAGAGUUUUGUAAACAGGACUUUUUCUACAGUACUUGUACAUGUAUGUUAUUUUCUUUCUGAAGUUUACUAUGCUGAAACAAGUGUAACGUUUCAAUUUAGAAAUUCUGAUAAAAGUUAAAAUCUGUUAUAGAGAAUUGUGUUGAUGUUGUCUGUACAAAAUUUUGAUGUUCCAAGAGAGAUUAUGGUGCAGCUUCCAAUUUGUUUCUUCGUUUGUAAUAUGUUUGUCCGAAGAUUUCCCCCUAUUGAGAGUCAAUUCUGUGAUACUUUAACGAUGAUCUGAUGAUGUCACUUUAUUGUACAAUGGACUGGUACAGAACUAGUGCAAUGUUACAAGGAUAACUGUUUCUUAUAAAAGUUCUGAUAGUCUGAUACAAGAAAUUGUUGAUGGGCAAAGGUUUCGGAACAGCUAAGAUGACCAGUAAUAUGCAUAAAUUAGAUAUAAAAAGAGAAGUGAUAUGUAGAUGUUUAAAAAGACAAUUCAAAAUGGGUUUUUAUAACUACAAAGUGUUUAUUUUUGUUAAGAAACUGUCAUACAGAUAUAUGUCAAUCUACAAAAAAGCUGAAAAUAAUUGUUGUCUUAUGAUAAAUAUGUAGAUAGUCUUCUCUGAUAUUGAUCUUAUACCCUUUUUAAAGACCAUUUAAGGUUUUACAUAAAUGUUAUGGAAAACAAACAAUUUUAAAUUUCCUUCUUCAAUUGUUGCCAAUAAGAUUUAUCACCGCUACCUGAAGUACAUGUCGUGUGUUUUUUUGUUUAUAUUUACAACUGUGAUCAGUUUGUUUGUUGUUGUGUACGUAUUGUGUUGUCUAGAUUUUCAUGUAAAAAGAAAUAUCAAUAUCAAUUGAAAUGAUAUUACUAAAAUUGUAAAUAGGGAAACGAACAAUGAUAUAGAUAGAUGAUUCGAUAUAUAUUGGCAUAUGAUAUAUAAUCUACAUUAUAUUGUGAUAGACAUUAUGUUUAUCAUGUUUCAGGUAUAUUUUGCAUGUAUUUUUUUUUUUUUCAUUCAGUUUCAAAAAAAACCAUCAGGUCAAUUGCUAUCAUUUAUGUGUGUAAAGAAUAAGUUCAUAUAUAGUUUGAGAAAAACAAAACAAAACCCAGAAACAUCAAUACCAUUACAACAUUCUGUAUGAAAUCGUCAGUAAUGCCCAUUAGGUUAUAUCUCCAGACGUGUAAGGGGAGGUAAUCCAGCUGGAUUUUACGCAAACUUUGUGAUCCUGAGUAUUUUCACUGUAUGGUUUUGAUUUGCUGUCCUGCAGGGAACCUUUGCUUCCUGCUGUUUCACACCAGUAUCAGAUCCACUAGUCAUGCAGUCCAUUGUGUGUGUAAAUACUUUUUCACAACAUCUAUGUAUUUAUAAUUUAAUUCUAUCUAGAUUUUAGGUGAUUUAUUUAUUAAAUAUUUUCCACUAC